AUGGCUGACCUUUUUACGCCAGCACCAGAACCUCCAACUGAACUUGGGAGACUACGCAUUCUAUCUAAAAAUGCAGGUAUCAGAGUUUCGCCCCUUGUGCUAGGGGCAAUGUCAAUUGGAGAUGCGUGGCAAGAAGUCAUGGGCUCUAUGGACAAGCAGCGUUCCUUCGCCUUAAUGGAUGCAUUCUACGAAGCUGGUGGCAAUUUUAUUGAUACUGCGAAUGUAUAUCAAAAUGACCAAUCUGAGGAGUGGAUAGGAGAGUGGAUGGCCUCGAGAAAAAUCCGUGAUCAGAUUGUCAUAGCCACCAAAUACUCGAGUGACUACAAGGCAUAUCAAAUCGGCAAGAACAAAAGCGCAAAUUUCAACGGAAACCACAAACGUAGCUUGCACCUGAGUGUUAGAGACUCUCUAGUCAAGCUGCAGACAGACUGGAUUGACGUCUUGUACGUCCAUUGGUGGGACCAAAUGACCUCUAUCGAGGAAGUCAUGGACAGUCUUCACAUUCUGGUUCAGCAGGGUAAAGUGCUUUAUCUUGGUGUAUCCGACACCCCAGCGUGGGUGGUCUCUGCAGCAAACACAUAUGCGAGGGCUCAUGGAAAAACCCCGUUCAGUGUAUACCAAGGCAAGUGGAACGUGAUGUCGAGGGACUUUGAACGUGAGAUUAUUCCCAUGGCAAGAACCUUUGGCAUGGCCCUUGUCCCAUGGGAUGUUAUGGGUGGCGGCAGGUUCCAAACUAAAAAGACUUUGGAGGAAAAAAAGAAGAACGGCGAAAACAUACGUGCUUUUGCUGGCCCAGCAGACCAAACUCCAGACGAGAUCAAGAUUAGCGAAGCUUUGGAAAAGGUGGCGAAAGAGCACAAUACCGAAUCCAUCACCGCAAUUGCGUUGGCCUACGUCCGGUCCAAAACUAGGCGCGUUUAUCCGCUUGUGGGGGGUAGAAAAAUCGAACAUCUAAAGCAGAAUAUCGAAGCCUUGAGCAUUAAGCUGUCUCCAGAGCAAAUCAGUUUCCUGGAGAGCGUUGUUCCGUUUGAUGUUGGUUUCCCAAGCUCUUUCAUUGGUCCAGACCCUGCUACCACGGGGAAAAGUGGACCUUUGACUUCAAUGUCAACUCAUCUUGCCUUUGACUAG